AUGGUGUCCAAGUGUCUGGAUUGUGGUAAAGGUGUCACUACCCGCUCAAAGGCCGUUCAAUGUUCUUUCUGCGACGGCUGGUUGCAUAUCACUUGUUGUGGUAUCUCACCAAAUUUUUAUGAGUGUCUUCUGAUGUAUACAGCAUCCUCUGUUGGCAUCUUUUGUGACUCUUGUCUUACAUUAGUCAACACCCAGCGGGCUCAUUCUGGUUUACCUGCUUUUACUCCCCGCUCUGCUAGUGCUCACUCCGAUCCCCAACCGACUGUUUCCCAAAAUUCGCCUUCUUCUUUCCCUUCUUUGUGUCCUGAUUUUGUCACGCCAGUUCUUAAACAAAUUUCUGCCCCGCCCUCAGAGCCACACAUUUCUAGUGACCAGCCUAGUAAGCCCCUGCCCAAGACGUUUGCGACCGUCGUCAAGGAGAACACGGUGGCUGCUCCCGCAAGUCGGAUUCCCGUGGUGCAUAAAUGUAAGCCUAUAGCCAAGGCUGUGGAAGACAAAGCGUCACCUCCAAAGCGUGGGCUAAAAUCGGUUCUUCAUAGGAUCGACCAUUUGGAGAAACUGCUCCAGGACAAGCCGCCUUCCAAGCCACGGAUCCCCGAGAUCGCCAAAGUCCCUAACCGGGAACGUUGUCUCAUCAUAAUGAACUCCCCGGAGUCGGAUAAGACAACAGCAGCAGAGAGAAUUUUGGAUGACCAAUUGUUUCUAAAACGUAUGAUCUCCCUACUGUUCGAUGAGGGGGAACCGGGGAUUAAUAUCGUCUCUGCUUUUCGACUUGGCAGAAAACACGAAGAUUCUUCCAAGGUGCGUCCCCUUAAGGUUGUAUGCCAAACUGAAGAUGAAUGCCGUCGGAUCCUUCGACGAACUUCGCGCCUCAAAGGGGAGCCCUUUCACGUGUUACGGGAUCUAUCCCCGGAAGACCGCGUUAAAAUGAAGAUCGCAGUCGAUGAAUUGAGAACUCGCCGUGCGAACGGUGAAACCGAUUUGCGUAUUGAGGAUUUUCGCGUGGUUCGGAAAGUGCAGAGAACGCGCUGGAAGCCAGUUCUUGUCCUUCCCGGACAUUAA